UGCCACUGUAGAACCAGGAGGGCAGUCACUGGAAGAGAUGGGUGGCAUUACAGGUCUUCUCCUUUUGCUGUGGGCCGGUGUCACAGUGAGCACCGUGGUGGAUCUGCAGAAGAGAAUUAUUGGAGGUCAAACGUGUGGAGAUGAGCGUCCUUACCAUGUGAGGUUGAGGAUAACCGAUGGUGCUCGUACAGCUCGGUGUGGUGGCUCUCUGAUCAAUGACCAGUGGAUUCUGACUGCAGCACACUGCCAGAAGCAAGGACGGACUAUAUAUGCAACUUUAGGCGCGCAUCCAGGGCCAGGAACAGAAGUGCAAAUCACAGCACCACCCGUGAUCUACAGCGCCAGUCAUGACAUCAUGCUGCUGAAGCUACCUAACCCUACUCGGGUUCAACCUGUACCAUUUCCUAGGUGUAACAAGCGUCCCAGAGUAGGUGAUGCAGUUCAGAUUGCAGGUUAUGGAGCAGAUACUACAGGCCCAAAUAAUGAAAAACUACGUGGGAGACCCUCCAGUACCCUCCAAUGUGCAGAGACCACAGUUGUUGACUGUACGAGGCUGAGAGAGCUGAGGCCACACAGACUGCAUCAACACUGGUUCUGUGGCCAAAGGACUGGAGUGGAUACAUGUCGAGGCGACUCUGGUGGAGGAGUGGUGUACAAAGGCAAGAUCUACGGUGUCCAUUCAUUCACUGGUAGCACGAAGUAUGCCUGCCGAGAAGCAGCUGGAUUUAUGGACGUCUGUGCAUACAUGCAGUGGAUCAUGAAUACUAUUAGGGGACCAUAGAGAUAUCUGAUGUGGGGUCAACUGUGAAAUGUCCUGUCAUUUCACAGACAUUUCAUAUGUACUCAGAAAACAGUUGAGUUACUCUAAAUUACCAAAGAAUACAUUGAUAGUUGAUUGGUUAUGUUUAAAUGUUCAACCAUUAUUUGUGAAGCCCUUCAAGACAAACAAUAACUGUGAUUCUGUUUGAGGUACAAAUGUUAAUUAACACAUUCUUGCCUUUAUAUUGUAAAUGCAGUAAAAGAAAUAUCUAAAAAAUUUUAAAUCAGAAUUUGUAAAAAUACAAUUGUACUUUUCCUCACAUCUAAAUUUGAUGGAUUUUGCCAGUUUACAGUCAUUAAAUUGAAAACUGUAAAAAAUAUAUUAUAAGUAUUACAGUCUGCCCUUCUUUCAACAAUACUGAUAAUGAUAAAUGACUCUUCUUUUACAAGA